CCCGUCCUUUUGUUGCUAGAAGGAUAUCUCGCCUACGCCAUAAAUGACUCCAUAAUUCAAAAAUUAUGGAGUUCUUGAUAUGCGAUGCUGUACACUAUCACUUAUUAUUCAUAAACUUCCCACCCCAAUAGCAUGGUUUCAGAAAGGGUCACUCUUGUAUAGUCAACCUGACGACUGCGAUGGACAGACGGACAACCAUUCUUGAUCUCAUAUGGAAGGUUGUCAUCAUUUACCCUGAUUUCUCAAAAUCUUUUGAUAGGGUCAACCAUAUAUGUCUUAUCAGUAAAUUCAAACGACUGGGUAUCAAACCAUCUCUAACUGACUGACUCACUUCAUACUUAAAAAAUAGGCAUUUUGAGGUCAGGGUUAACUUCACUUUCUCUCAGGCUAUUGAAUGUUCUAGUUAGGUUCCUCUGGCUCAUUACUAGGACCUCUUUUCUUCUUCAUUUACAUAAACGAUUUCGUCAUAUUAUAUUUUGCUGGUGAUGUGAAACUUACGAGACACGCAACCAAGAUGAUAUACUGGCACUUGAGGAGGAUCUGACUCGACUUCAAAGUUGGCCAGAUGACAACGGAUUUACCUUUAACUCUUCAAAGUGUAAAGUAGUCCAUCUGCGACUUGUUACACUGAAACUACGUCUUAGGUCACUCCCCUCUAGAGGUAUUCCAAGUUGAUAAAGAUCUAGGAGUGUUGGAACUCUGUUUUUUGAAGUCUUAUGCUAACUGCGACAAAAGUGCCUUUCGAGCAAACCUUGAAUUGGUAACGUUGAAGCGCAUUUUCGGCCCGUUCGACGUAAGAACUUUACACAUAGUCUUCAAUAGUUUUGUUCGUCACUAUUUAGAGUGCGGAAACAAUAUUUCCUUCCUCCAAAAAGAUAAGUACACUAGAGCAUAUCCAACAGCGAGCCACGAAAUCAGUUCAGGGACUCGAAUUCAAGUCUUAUGAAGAGUGCCCCUAAUCACCGAACCUUUACUCACUAACGUAUAGACGUCUUAGAGGUGACCUAAUAACUCACAGCAUCCUUAACAUUUCUGGGCAUUCCCUUAAACACCAACUUAAGCUUAAUCCCAACACAAACCCUAUAGAUAACAUCCAAAUACUGGAGACAACACAACAGAACUGUAGAUGUACCUUCUACCCUUUAAGAGUAGUCAAACGCUGGAAUUCGCUGUAGGUUGAGCUAGUCCAAGCGACUUCUCAGGAAUUCUUUAAGAGAAAACUUGACAUAUUCUUCAGGACUAAGGACAAUAUCUCACUAUGAUGUACCUUUUCUCUCUUCCCUCUUUUGUUGUUAAUAUACUUAGGUUCCUACCUGGAGGCAUCGGUGAUCGUUUGCUGCUAGAUACGGAAGCCCGUUACGCGAAAGCUUCUAUUCCAUCCCGAACCAUUUGAACGGUAUGAAGACGCGUAGUGCAGAAAUGGAAGCCCCAAAUAUUGCAGCCAUUGUGAAGGCCCGACAUCAUGCUCGUGUAUUUGGCCCUCCGAGUGGACAUUCAUUAGGAAACACACCCAAUCAGUCAAUUUCUCCUGGAAUAUAUGAAUCUUCUGAGAGUGGUUGUAAUCUAAACAAUUUUUAUAGUGCAUCUGGAACAAGUGGACCGAUACUAUGCGAUGAUGUAAAAAUCUCAGUAGACGAUAAACCACAUAAAAGUCGUUCUGACAAUGCUCCGAGAUUGUUACGCGGAACUUGGUCAGCUGAUGAUAGACGUCUAUUUUUUCAAGCGGUGAGAAUGUACGGGCGUAACUUUAGUGAAAUCACACGUUUCAUUCGGUCUCGUGGACAUCGUACGUCAAUCGAUCACCAAACUGGGCCAUCAAGUGGCAAUAUUGAACUAAAUUUGAAUAGUUUGCACCCUGGAAAUAAUUUUGUCUCCUCAAAUAGUCUAUCAUCUGCCCUCAUUCCAUCUAAUAUAAGCGCCCCGUGCCCAAACAACAUUUCUCAACCUAAUGUUGGAAUGAGCACACCCUAUACCAGUAGUUCUGAUUUAAAUACACCUUGUGGCGGUCGGACUCGUGAACAGGUUCGUUUCUUUUAUCAACAGACCUGGCAUAAAGUACGUCGUUAUACUAAAUUUCCCGAAGAGGUUCCACAACAUGUUAGGGAAGUUUAUGCAAUUGUCAAUUAUUCUGUGCUGCGUACACGCAUUAAGAAACCAUUGGAUCACCGAUUGGGAGAAAAAUUAAACGAAUUAGUUCAUUGUGGUACUACUGUAAUCAAACACAAUGGGCGCCGUUUUUUGUUACGUACUCCUGUUUGUCCUGCUUUGAAGCAAUUGAAUAACAUCUCUGCACCUACACAUGAAUUCCUACUUCCCGAAGAUGUAUGGAUUGAAUUAGUUCCACGGACACAAACGGAUGCGUGGAGAGUAAUCGAGGCAGAGCAAAAUCCCCGUUUAAGAUUACGCGUUGAUAUUAAUCGUCAACUUUCAGAUGUUAUUUUUCUAGUGGAAAACAAAUGGCAAUUGGCUGCUGAACGUAUGAGAACACUUCUUGGUUUCCCAGCGGUCCACGAAUCCCCAGUCCCAUCGGUUAUGCUCAACUUAUGCUAUCGUCAAUCUAUCGAUGGAGCUAUUCGCAUACAAGAAGUGGCACGAAUUCGUUCAGGGGACAUUGGAUUACGUGCUUAUUUAGAUCGAAUGGAUACCAAACUCCCUAAAUCUAGGAUGCAAUCAAAUGUAUGCCCCACAGAAAAACAAAAUGCAGUUCACGAUGAUCCUGUGGAAUCUCCAAAUUUAGUUAAUUCGAAUCUGUCAACAAACUUAACAUCUUCAUCAUUACGUGCGUCAGAUCUGAGAAAUUCAGAAAUAACUAAUAGUUUGCCAAUUACUACGUCAACGUCAAAUGCUGAGUUAGAUCUAAGAGAUCUUGGGAAACAGUUAUCAAUCGGUGUUACACGUGAGAUGGCACGUGAAAUUAAACUGGUAACUAUUUAUUUGGCUUUGGGUUGUCCAGAUCGUAUACGUUUUGAAUAUCAAUUUUUCUGCACUAAAGAUAACGGAUCACAGAAACAAUCGAGUUCAUCUUACUCCGACUUACUAAUAUGUCCACCAUUAGAUCCAGAUGGAGACGGUAUAAGUAAUGGUUUAAGGCGUCUUUUACAUCUAAAUGCCAGUGAUUAUUUACUUCAUCGUGAUUGGGUUUCUCGUCAUUCCAUUCGAAGCAAUACACCAGUCUCUACAUCUUGUCAUUCUUCUCAAGCCAUUCUCAGCGUUAAUAACCCUACAGUUGCUACGGUCACAGCGACUCAAAGCUGCACAUCAACAUUAUUGCCAAAAACAUUAACUGGAAAUCAUUUUUCACAGAUAUCUGAAUUACCUGUUAUGGUUACAACUCAACAGCCUUCAAUAGUGACUACCAGUAUUUCAGCAAAGCUACCGACAGUUAUGAUGUAUUCUCAGCCAAAUACCAUUCAAGUUCUUAUUAAUGGACAGCCAUCAAUUUUUCAACUGAAUCCCACCUUUUCGUCUCCAAAUCCAAUUAUUUCUUCAUUAUUAACAACAAAUAGUUUAAUGAGACCUCCAAUAGCCUCAGUUCAAAGUCCGAAAUUAGUCUUAUUACAACAACCGGUUGGACAAAAAAUACAAGUGCCUAUUGUUGAACGUCAGUUAGAUCAUGAACGACUAGUAACCUCAACUGUAGCAAUAAGUCAAGGAUCAUAUAUCCCAUUACUACCGAAACAAUCAACUGUACCCAUUCAGGUCAGUGUAAAAACAUCGACACCAUUAACAAGCACUUUCGUAUCGUCUAGUUCUAUUCAUUCAACGUCCACAAGUACGGUUGAGAGUGAAAAUAAUUCACCUGUUACUUCAUCGUUAGAAUCUUUAAAGGCGUUUAAUGCACGACGUCGAACUAGUAUUAUAUCACAAGUCAACAAACGUUUAACUGAAAAUUCGAUUCUAACUAAAGAAUUGCAAUCAAAACCAUCAACAAUUACACCUAUUUCAAAUAAUUUACCUCCAUCCUACAUCACUUCAGCGAAUCCUUGUACAACUAAAUCUUCAAACUCUUCAAUUCAAUUACUUCAGGCAAUCGAUAAACAAACUUCGACAACAAUCAAGGGCGAUGAAGCAUCUGUUAAUAAUAUCCAUUCUAAAUCAAUAACACUUUCAACACCAUCGAAUUCUAAUAAUUUAUGGUCAUCCAUUAAAGUAUCAAAUAAUGAACCGAUAAUAACAACAUCAAUUGUUUUCAAUGAUCAUUUACCUCAAGUUCAUAGCAUAUCAAGUUUAUUAUCAUCACCAAAUUUAUCAUCAGUACAAUCUAAUAAUGUAAUGUCAUUUAUUUCAUUAUCUAAAAAUUCUUCUAAUACAGAUGUUAAUAUGGAUGAUUUGUUGUUAGUCUCAACAGAGACAAACCAAUGCUCUUUGUCAUCAUCAUUCAGUAAUGAUACACUGGCAUCCCUGUUAAAUACAUUAUGUCCACGUUAUCCUUUAUCUUCUACUCAUGAUAAUCAAAAUAUAUUAACUGAAUCAUCUACUCGACCUACUGAUAGUACUCCAUCUCCAUUAAUUGGAUUAUCAACGCCAGAUUUACAUAAAACAACAUUCUCUACACCUACAAAUAAUGAUGUACAUGUUUCACUCAAAAUAGAAGAGAAUGCUAAGAAAUCAUUUGAUUUUAGGACUAUUGAUUCUGUUUGUAGUUAUCCACCAGGUUCUCCAUCGAUUGGCGAUAUUUCAUUUACUGACUCAAUGGCUGCUGCUGUAAUGGAUGUACACCAUAUGGAGUUAGAUCAUUCUGAUGGCGAGCAAAGUACCGAUGCCCAGUCUGAAUCGUUAAAUCUCAUAUCUUCGAAUCUUAUUAUUCAACCUGAUAUAUAUCCAAUAAGGCCAUCAUAUGAAUCUCUUGUUGAACAUCAAGAUAUUAAAACCAACGGUAUUAGUACGUCUGAAUAUAAUUGUAUUACGAAUGUUGAAGUAUUCCUUCGAAUGAAUACACCACAAUCCAGUAGAAAUUCAGUUGAUCUCAAUUCAACGUUGAAAACGUCGACUACUUUAUCUAAUUGAGAGAUUAUGCUUUGCAAAACAACUAUUCGCAUUUUGGAGUCGUAUGGCUUCAUUUUUUUUUUUAAAUAAUCACUAAAUACAUACUUUUAACGUCUGACAAUUACCCGUUAAUUAGCUGAUUAAGAUGAAUACUAACUUGAACCUCCGAUCUUAUGUACAAUAAUAAUAAUAAUUUGAGUGGCUGGAACUCUCAAUAUAUUGGUUUUUUUUG